UCUCUGACAUCACUACGCGCUGUACUCGAGUAUUGGGAGCAGGUCUGGCUCGAGGUGUGGAGCAGCCACGCAUUUUUAUACCGGGCUAUAUGGACGUCUGCUUUUAUAUUCGUCUGUCUUUUAUACCGUAUGCAUUUUAACAAGCAAGUCGCAUAAAUUGGAUAACGGUGCACGGAUAGAAGGCAAGAGCUCUACGGCACUGAAAGUUUCCAGGUAGGUCUGGCUGGCUGCAGUGGGACCUGUGUUUAAGGCAUUCUGCUGGAGUAGAGAGAGCGAGUGCAGGACUGGAUGCCCUUCCUGUCUGCUCUGCAGUGGAUGAAUAUUAUCCAGGUGUGGGAGGGAGCUAGGGUGGCCUGUCCUGAGUUCACUGUGCUGCAACACCUGACUGACAGAACAGAGGGGACACUGGGUAGGAGGAUCCCACAUCUAUCUGUGGAACACUGCCAACUCUGCAGAACCUCAGAAUCUCGGAGUCUAGGGACACACCCCAUCAACCCCAUCAAGGGCUCUAGGUCACCCUGUCUUGAAACAGUGCUACUCAGUGCUACCCUCCUCUGCCCCCCCCCCAGUCUGUCUCUGUCUCUCCUCCAUGUCCACCUCAGACCUCCUCAGGCCCUGGACACACCAGACGGGAGAGUUGAGACUGACUGACUGAUAGACAGACAGAGGGGUGGAGCAUCAGAAGUGUACCUAACCGAGGACGACGAACAGACCCACUGUCUGGUUUCUCCUCCUCGGUGAAUGGUGCAGUUUCUCACCAUGACUUGGAUGGGAUCACCCCAAUGCUGAUUCUUUACUAUUCUCUUCAACUCAAGGGCUCCUAGACUUUUGGGUGAACACUAAAGUACUAGUCCUCGCUAAGGCAUUGGAUUUAAGUUUGCAAAGUAAAACAGAGGACUUGAAUCAGUGACGCAGCAGACCUCAGUUGAAGCCUGAGGGACUAUCGAUGAGCCUGUGACUGUCGCCAUGACAGCCAAUGACAGCAGCUUCCAGUACCUCGCACUCUUCGAGUACAAACGGGAGCAUGGUGAUGACAUCAGCCUCCAGCCAGGGGACAUCCUGACGGUCCUGAAGGCCUCUCUGAAGGACUACCAGGAAGGGGAUGAACACCACAGCCCCAAGGGAUGGCUGCACGGCACCAACGAGCGGACCAAAGAGAAGGGCGACUUCCCCGGGACGUUUGUGGAGUACACUGGGGUGUUGAGGCAGGGGCUGCACGCCGCCAAGCCCUGGCCCAGACCCGUUCCCCCAACGCCUGGGGGAACACAGAGCAGCGUGGGGCCCGGACCCCAGCCUACAGGGGCCGCUGCAGCAGGAGCUUUUGCCUGCCCAUACCAUAACCACACUCUUCACAACGUUGACAUCAGUAAACCGCUUGCCCACACGACGCCAUACACAUGGUCUGCGGUUGUGAGGUCAGUUGGACAUAUUGCCAAAUUCUCUAAAAUGACGUUGGAGACGGCUUAUGGUAGAGAAAUGAACAUUCUCUGGCAACAGCUCUGGUGGACAUUCCUGCAGUCAGCAUGCCAAUUGCACGCUCCCUCCAAACUUGAUACAUCUGUGGCAUUGUGUUGUGUGACAAAAAUGCACAUUUUAGAGUGGCCUUUUUAUUGUCCCUAGCACAAGGUGCACCUGUGUAAUUAUCAUGCUGUUUAAUCAUCUUCUUGAUAUGCCACUGUCAGGAGGAUAGAUUAUCUUGGUAAAUGAGAAAUGCUCACUAACAGGGAUGUGAACAAAUUUGUGCACACAAUUUGAGAGAAAUACAUUUACAUUUACAUUUAAGUCAUUUAGCAAAUAAACGGUUUGGCAUAUGGAACAUUUUUGUGAUCUUUUAUUUCAGCUCAUGAAACAUGGGAACAACACUUUACAUGUUGCGUUUAUAUUUUUGUUCAGUGUAUACCACUGAGUUUUGUUGUAAUUCUGGACUAGAGGCAAACAGUAUCACUGACUGAAUGGCAGUCUGUUAUGUUGUGAGUCAUCAUGGACCAGAGUGUGAAUUGGGUUGCCUGUCUGAAGCAUGUGUUAAAGCUUUACUGCAGAACAAGAUAAAAGAGUGUAUUUCUGUACUUCCACCAGACCAGUCCUGAGAAGUGAACAUGUUGUGACACAGCCACACCCGUCUGUGCUCCAGUAGGCUCCCAUGUGCUCCAGAUGCACAGCCAGCCUCAAAGAUGCUAACCUGCGUUAGCGCUGUUGUCUUGCACUGA